GGGGUGGGGCUUGUAGUAAUGGAGACAACAAAGAGAAAGAAAAAGAUUUUAGCUAUAAAAUGCAUGCCAAAGAUGCUUUGGUAGAUCUUCAACAAGAUAGACAUUUUAGCCUUGUACUGACGCAUAAAAACAAGAUGUCAAGUCAAGGAAUCCCACUUGAAGUGUGUUACUUCAAGGCUGAUGCUGAAGGAUUUAUGGAGAGGGAGGAUUUUACUGUUCUUGCUCCAAUUGAUACUCCCUUGAGUCAAAGCAUUCUGCAGAUUCCCCCACUAGCCUCUCGAGCCAUUGAAGAAGACGCUCAAUUUAAUAUUAUUUGUCAGGGAGACAACUACAAAGGUAAAGAGAUUGAUUUGGAUCAAACUCCACUCAAUGUAGAGCACAUUGUUGCCUCCAUGCACUCCAAAAGGGCUCCAAUUCUAUUUGUCACCAGUGUUAAGAGAAGGCAUGACAGUGGUAUCUCUGUGGAGUACGUAGAGCGCAGCAGGACACUGCACAGACGACCAUCUGUAUCGUCUAAUAUGCUGAGGUCUGUCCUCAAACCGCAACAAGAAUCAAGCUCAUGUUCAAGUUCUAAUGAAGAAACUGUUUCAAUUCAAGAAGAAACAUCCUCAAUUGGUCCAAAAUCCAUGUCCAUCAGCCCUGAACCAUCACACAGUAAUGAAGUCGAGGAUGUCUUUGAAGACUCACCUUCAUUUACUUACAGCCCAAGAAAUAAAUCUGAUGUGCCAGAUUUGCUCAAGCGCCAAACAAUGAAUUUGUCCAGUUCUCAUAAACCUCCAAAGUUUCCAUCUUCCUACACUCUAAAGCAUAGCCUUACUAAAGAGCAGAGAAGCAUUAGUGUGGAUGAUAAGGCUCAGGAUAAGCAAGGCCGUGCCACACUAUCUUCUGAGCCAAUCACUGUCCUUACAACUGGAAGCAAACCAUUUGUUCCUAGGGGGGAGAGUUUUUUGAGGAAGAAUAGAUUGGCUUUCAAAAAGAGGCGAGCAUCUACACUGGACCUAAACGUUCGGCAGCUCACUAUUAGAGUUUCUACUGACAGUGGCUAUGAAAUUGAUAUACCCUCUCACAGCCAUCUAACUGUUGGUGAACUGAAACAUACUAUCAGCCACGAGCUAUCAUCUGUUGGGAAGCUGCCUGGAGCAGGGGGACUUGCUCUAACCUACAGCCUCGAAGACAAGGAUGCCUCAGCAGAUACGCACGGCGAUGAUGAGAGCAUAUCUCCACCUUCUGAAAAAGUGUAUGAGCUGGUUGAUGACGCACAACUACUUAUUAACACAAUGUUCCUUCAACAAUGUGAUGAGGUCCCGGAGGUGUUGUCUGGCCUGAGGGUAGGUCCAUUGCCAGCUCCAGUCCGCAAAGAUUUGGUGACCAUCUAUCGGAUCACACAACUAACGCAAGUAAUUCUGGAUGACAGAGUAGCAGAGCUUGGGGGAGAGGACAUCAAGAAAUGCACUGCUGUUGCUGCUCCAGACAAGCCUGAGAUGGAGGCAGCUAGGAGGACUCUUCAUGACUUUGUGAUGCAAGUGACUAGUGAGAGAUCAACUGAAGAUUACGUUCUUUCUGUGGAUAUUGCUAAAGAUGCUGCUCCCACAACACUCAUCCUCAAGGUGCCAUUUAAUAACCAUGUACCAGUAACAUUUCACUACAAGCAGGUUUUCUCCCUCACUAAGAAGAUUAGCAUUCACAAAACUGCCGACUCUGUUCUGAAUGCAAUUCACCACUGCUUGGUGGAAUGUGAUCUUAUUAAGAACAGUGUUGAAGCCUACACGAUGCAGAUGUCUGGUAUCAACAGCUAUAUCCAUGGAAACCAGGAGCUAAUUGCAUUUGCUGACAUUCGCCGCUGCAUUACAAAGAAAGAGGCCAUUCAUAUGUCAAUUCUGAUGAAACCAUCUCCCCUGCUGUACGAGCCAUUUGACAUUAGCUGGUUGCCCUUGGACCCCCACAGCUACAAGCCCCCCCUCCAAGUGGAUGUGAGCGACUCCUACAGGAGAGAGACUACCUCACUCUGGGAGUACCCCGAGGGCGAAGGAUUCCACCUAAAACUAGUCAGAGUGGAGAAUUUGCCAUUUGAUUCACCGAGGAACCUGCUCACAGUGGAGUUGUCCAUCCAUCACGGCUCUGAAAUGAUUCACAGUGCUCGCACUACAGAGUUCAAGACUCAGGACAGCUUCACCAUGACUUGGAAUGAAGAUGUCACAUUCAUCAUCCCAUUCAAAGACUUGCCCAAAGCUGCGAAAGUGAUGGUGGUCAUCCGGAACAGCAACUCGGGAACGUACUACUGGGGAAUGAUCAACAUCUUUGAUCACCAAAGUAGGAUUCGUUCAGGAGACAACAUUCUUCACUUGUGGGAGGUAAAAGGAGAGAGGAAUACAACUAAGUGGACCAUCAGGAGAACGUCCUCUGUGUUCCCUGUGCCCAUAGUUGAGAAAGAGAAAGAAGCAUUUUCCUCCAUUUUGUCUGGCCCUGCUGCCGAUAAUCCACACCCCAGUGCUGUGAGGGCCGUCCUCAACUUUGGGUCACAUGACAAGUCAGUCUACUACCCAUCCGUUUCCGAGCAAAGCCGUCGGUCCCUCUUCAGUCAGCAUCCUGCUUUCCGAAAUGUAAAGCUCAAGAAACACUUUAGCAAAUACUUGGAGCUGAAGUUUAACAUGAGACGCAACAAGAAACCAUAUCACAAUCUCCCCGUUCACCUUGAGAGCAUUAAGUGGGGAAGCCUAAAAGAGCGACUGGAGGUGUACAACGUUCUCGAUACCAUCUCAAAUAAAGAGGAGACUGAUGAGAACGGGACUGUGUCUAAAGACAUUGAGAAGAUACCUCUUUUUGUUGCAUUCAGACUACUAGACAAGGACUUUCCCGAUGAGCAAGUGAGAGCGUUUGCAACAAAGAUUGUUGAAUAUCAUGUCAAGAGUGACACACUUGAAGACUACCUCCUGCAGCUGAUUCAGGCAUUGAAGUUUGAGCACAAUCACGACAGUGCUCUGGCAAGAUACCUCCUAAAGCAAGCACUCGUGAACAAAAACAUUGGCCACAAGUUCUUCUGGUAUCUUAGAGGUGAAAUGCAGAGUCCACAGUACAUGCUGAGAUUUGCAGUGAUUCUGGAAGCCUACUUGAAAGGUUGCGGAGAAGCCUUGCUUACCAAGUACAUGGAUCAUGUGACCAUGCAAGAUAGCCUGGUGGCAAUCGGGCAGAAACUGAAGGGCACCUACGGAAAAGACUCGGCCAAAAUGCAGCAAGUUCUACCAGCUGAACUGUUGAAGGCUGAGCUGCAAAAGAUCACCAUUGUACCAGCAUACAACCCCAGACUUCGUUUGGGAGGACUGAGGCCUCUCCACUGCAGAGUGAUGUCAUCAGCCAAAAAACCCAUUUUUCUGGAGAUGCUGAACGUCAACUCUACAGCCCUGGCAACAGAUCCAGUUAGACUCAUCAUGAAGAUGGGAGAUGAUCUGCGGCAAGAUGUUAUCACUCUGAGGAUGCUCUCUCUCUUUGAGAAACUUUGGGAGAACGAAGGUUUGGACUUGAAGCUAAUUCCUUAUGGCUGCAUGGCCACUGGUCCGAGGACAGGCUUUAUUGAAGUCGUGAAAAACUCUAAAACUAUUGCCGAGGUAUCUGGUGUGAGAGAGAACAAGAAGUUGUUUGAGUGGAUCAAACUGCACCAAAAAGAUGAGUUUGGAGAAGAAGACCCGGAGAAGUUGAAGGCAGCCAUUGAUACAUUUGUGCAUUCUUGUGCCGGCUAUUCAGUGGCCACCUACAUCUUGGGCGUUGGGGACAGACACAACGACAACAUCAUGAUCACCACAGCUGGUAAUCUGUUCCACAUCGAUUUUGGCCACUUUUUGGGGAACAUAAAACACUUCAUGACCUUCAAGCGGGAAUGGGCCCCUUUUGUUCUCACCCCAGACUUCAUAUAUGUCAUGGGAGGAGUGGACAGUGCCUCAUUCCGCUUCUACAAGCACUUGUGCAUCCGAGCCUUCCUCGUCUUGAGAAGACAUGCUGACCUCAUCAUCAACUUAUUCUCAAUGAUGAGAUCUACUGGUAUACCUGAGCUGACGUGUGUGGAGGACACGGACUAUAUUAAGAUGGCUCUGGCUAUUGAGAAGACGGACACAGAAGCAGAGAAAGAGUUUCAGACAAUCAUUCAGAAAUGCAUUGACCUCAGAUGGACAGUGCAGCUCAUGUGGUACUUCCACAAGCUGAAAUCUUAUCAAUCUUAAUAAGACCUGAACUUUUUUUAUAUUUUUUUUAUCUCAUUACACUUUCAUAUAUAAUAUUUAUACUUAAACCUUAUUAAUUAUAUACAGCAUG